AAAGAAACCUGGGUUCGAAACGAACAAAAAACAAAAUGGAUUUCGACACAGCUGUGUCAGAAAUCGGUGAAUUUGGUCCUUUUCAGCAAAAGAUAUUUUAUAUAACAAAUCUUUUAGGAUUUCCUAUUUGUUCCCAGAUGCUUGUAAUGGUGUUUGUGGCUGCAAAGCCAACCUGGUCGUGCAGUGCAACYCAAAAUACUUGCAAUGAAGAUGGUUCGAUAUGCAAGAAUGCACAGUUCACUUCGACUUUUACAUCGAUUGUCAGUGACUGGGGACUUGUUUGUGGACAAGCUUAUAAAGUCGAAGCUAUUCAGUCAGUGUUCAUGUUUGGCACUAUGMUUGGAGCGCCAUUUUUUGGUAAUUUGGCUGAUAAAUACGGACGKAAACCUGURUAYAUCGUCUGUUACAUGGUCGCAUGUGUUUUGACCUUCUUGUCAGCAUUUGCCACGUCAUACAAAGUGUUWAUGAGUCUACGUCUUGCUACUGGAUUUUUUGUUGGUGGCGGAGUUCUUAUUUUAUUUGUCCUGACCACUGAAAUAGUGGGAGCAAAAUAUAGAGGUCUUGUGGGAACAAUCCAAAUGACAUUCUUCUCAUUUUUCCUUAUUGCUCUUGGCUUGUUAGCAUAUAUGAUCCAAGACUGGCGCUAUACUAUGAUUGCUACAGUAGUGAUUGCUCCAUUUCAGCUAUUUCUUUUCCCUUCUCUACCUGAAUCAGCAAGGUGGUUGGCAUCACAGGGAAGAUACAAUGAGGCUGAAGAAAUCUUGCACAGAGCUGCAGCUGUUAAUAACCCACAUCUUAAAUCUAAACCACUACUAAACCGUGACCAAAAAAAGACAAGUACGAAAAAUAAAAAUAGUGGAGUUCUGAGUAUUUUCACUCACAGAAAUACCUGCAAAAGACUUUUGAUCAUUUGUAUAUUGUUUUUUGUUAACAGUUUAGUGUAUUAUGGAUUAUCUCUUAAUUUGAAAAACCUCGGAGGCAAUCUGUAUGUAAAUUUUGUUCUUGCAGGGGCAGUAGAAAUCCCUGCCAAUGCAAGUGUUGUAUUACUUUUAGCAUACUUAGGAAGGAGAAGGGCAUUGUUUAUUUUCAUGAUGGGUACUGCAUUGACUUGCUUUGUGUGUAUGCGCUUACAGGAGUCAGAUUCAACAAAUUCAUACAUGAUUUCUUGUACGGCAAUGAUAGGAAAAGGCUUUAUCACAUCUUCUUUUAGUCUUAUAUAUAUCUAUGGUUCAGAGCUUUUACCAACAGUGGUUAGAAAUGCUGGCCUUGGGGUUGCUAGUAUAGUUUGCCCAUUUGUAGUCUUACUUGGGGAGAAAAAUAAGGCUUUGCCAAUGCUAAUAUUUGCGAUAUGUGCUCUUGUUUCUGGUUUGCUUGGUGCCACACUUCCGGAAACUCAUGGAAAGUCAUUACCAGAAACAUUUGAAGAUGUUGAAAAUCCAACAUGCUCAAAUUUUUCUCAAACAAAAUCCCAAGUUAAAAUAUAGUAACAAGCUGAUUAAAGGCAAAAAUGAAUUCUUGUAAAUAUGACAUACAAAAAUGGAAAUAUAUAUUAUAUAUAUAUAUUCAAAUUGUGGAAAAAUUCCUCUGCUCGCAGGAUAGUUGCUCUUGGAAACUGGAUCAGUUCCUCAUCUUAAAAAAGUUACCCUUUGCUUAAAUUUGUGCAAUCCAGCUUAGGGUUUUGUAUUUCACCAGCUGGUGGAGGAUUUUAUGAGGCUGGGAUAUAAAUGUAUAUAAGUGAAUGUAAGGCCUUGAAUGUUAAUCCGAUUAGCAAUAGCUCGACAUUUAAAUAAAAACGUGUACACCUACUUGCGAAAACGUUGUCAUAAAAAAAUAGGACAUUUGUAUUUUAGUAAAAAGGAAUAAAUUAAAAAGACAAAAGAAGAUCACUGAGGCUGAACRCUUUCUUUUGUCUUGUUUUAAUCUAUUCCUUUUUACUAAAAUACAAAUGUUCUAUUUUCUAUGACAACGUUUCUGCAAGGGUGURUGCACGUGCGGAAGAAGUCUGGAGACAGGCGAUAUUCAAUGAUUUUUUAAGGCUUUGUAUGAUAAAUAUGGAUUCUAUGUGUAAAAGUAAACAAUAGUACGAUGACUGUAAACUGUUGAAAUUAAUGUACAACUUUCAGAAGAGUACUGCAGCAAAAUCCAA